UGAAAAAACAUGUUCCGGCUUCAGUCUGGUUGGCUCUAAAAGGAGAGUGGAACAGAAAAAGACUUGGUUUGGAUGUGUCUGUCAUCAUUAUGAAAAACAAAGCUGAUCAAGUGAAUAAACAUUCUCUGAUGCAUUUUAUUAUCAUCUAUAUCCUUAUGCCAAUAAGCACUGAGAAUGAAAUAGAGGGUUUGUUCUUUAAGAAACAACUUGAUAAAGUGCCUUCAAAUGUGCCUUUCAAUGCUUUAGAACUGGAUUUAUCUCAAAAUAUUAUACAAUACCUACAAGAAACAAAUUUUCAUCACUUAUUAAACUUGAAAUUUUUGAAUCUCUCAUAUAAUUUGAUUGAAGAACUAGAUGGCCAUGUGUUUAAAAAAAAUAUUGCUUUAAAACAUUUGGAUCUGUCUUACAAUAAUUUAAAGAUUAUUAAAUGUAGUUCUUUGUAUUUUAUGAAAAGUGUUACCCAUCUGAAUCUUUCUUACAAUAACUUUGAAACUAUGGAACUAUGCAAAGAAUUUAACACUUUGGAAAAACUCAGUUACCUUGGAUUGAGUGCAACAAAGAUAAGAAGAUAUGAUUUUAUUAAUAUAGCACAAAUGGAAUUUAAGUACGUGUUUUUGGGACUUGAAGCUUUACAGGAAUAUGAGGCCGGAAGUCUACAAUUAUUAAAUACAGGCAAACUACAUAUCAGCAUACCAGAACAUUUAGUAAAUCAAUUUCUUUUGAAUGAUGCAUUAAACACUUCAAGAACGCUGGAAGUAUCAAAAAUUGGACGUGAUAAAAUCUAUGAUUUUUCAAUUGAAUCUUUAGCAAAUGUCAAUAAAAGGUCGAAGGUUCUAAGUCUAAUUGUGAGCAAUAUUACAACGUCAUGGACAAAAAUUUGCAGGAUUCUUGCAUCAGUUUGGAAUUCAUCCAUAGAAAGUUUUUCCAUCCACAAUUACAAUCGUGUACAAGAUAAUAUAUAUGUCCAAAUUAACUUUAUUAUUGGUUCUCUGAAAUCUUUAGCUAUAGAUCAUGUCACAACAGAGAUCUUCUUCUACAAACUGCCUCAUCCUGCCAAAAUGUGGGCAGAAAUGCUUGUAGAGAACUUCACAUAUUCAAAUGCAGAUGUCAUACACUUUUUUUGUCCUGAGAAGCAGAAUAUUUUUCGUUUUUUAAGCUUUCACAACAAUGGGAUAACGGAUGAGAUUUUUCAGAAAUGCAAAACAUUAACAUCUCUAGAAAUAUUUAUAUUACGGAAUAACAAACUAGAAAGUUUAUUGAAACUAAGUGUUAUGACGUCCACUAUGAAAUCUUUAAGUUAUCUAGAUCUAAGUAAAAAUCACCUAUCUUACAAUCAAGGAGAGAACUGCAAUUGGACUGAAUCUCUAAUUUUCCUAAAUUUAUCUGAAAACAGUUUAUCAGAUUUGGUUUUCUCUUGCAUUCCUAUCAACAUUCAAAUACUGGAUCUUUACAAAAAUCAAAUUACAAGGGUUCCAGAAGAAGUGAAAACAUUAAAAUAUUUAAAAGAAAUAAAUUUGGCUUUAAAUAAGCUAAGACAUUUCCCUGAUUGCCAAAACUUUUGGGGUAGCUUGAACAUCCUGAGGAUUGAAGAAAAUGUUAUUGACUCAUCGUCUAUUAACUUUCUCAAUAGAACCAUAUGCUUUAAAAGCGUAAGUGCAGGUAAAAAUCCAUUUCAAUGUAAUUGUGAACUCAGAGAGUUUAUUUUGACAGAAAAGCAGUCACCAGGAAAGUUGGUUGGAUGGCCAGAAUCUUAUAUCUGUGAAUAUCCAGAUGAAUAUAGAGGAAUUCUUCUACAAAACUUUUAUAUUUCUGAAAUAUCAUGUAAUAUCUACAUAUUGCUUGGUACAGUCUUGGGUACUAUGUUAAUUUUUUGUCUAUGCAUGAUAUUCUUUUGUAUAUAUUUUGAUUUGCCUUGGUAUUUUUACAUGAUGUACAAAUGGAUUCAAACAAAACACAGAGUCAGAAAUAUCAAUCUUCAUGAAACAAAAGAUCAUAUACUGUUUCAUGCUUUCAUCUCCUACAACCAUCAAGAUUCUGCUUGGGUACAUGAACAUUUAAUACCAAACCUUGAAAAAAAUGAGUCCAUAAAAUUAUGCCACCAUAAAAGAGAUUUCAUUCCAGGUAAAGCAAUCAUUGAAAAUAUUGUUCACUGCAUUGAGAAAAGUUUUAAGUCAAUAUUUGUUUUGUCUCCAAAUUUCAUCCAAAGUGAAUGGUGUCAUUAUGAACUGUAUUUCGCAGAGCAUAAAUUAUUUGGUAAGCAGUCCAAUAAUUUAAUACUAAUUUUAUUGGAACCCAUUCCACAAUAUGUCAUUCCUAACAAGUAUUAUAAGUUAAAGGCGAUAAUGAAACACAGAACGUAUGUUGAAUGGCCUAAAGAGAAAAGCAAACAUGGACUUUUCUUUGCAAAUCUACGGGAAGCAAUUAACAUCAACCUUCAUACAGCAGAUGAAUCCAUCAGGUUUUUAAAUUCAGAGUGUAAGAAUCACCAGAUGGCAGAAACCACAGAGGAACUAAUAUCAUCACAGGAAUAAUAUACAGAGAAUUAUGUCUGAUGUGCUGAUCAGAUUUUCCAGUUUUGUAUUGUAGUGGUAAUUGUCCCCACAUAGGGGCCAGAUUACAAGUGGAUUGCUAUCAUUAUCAUGAGGAAUUCUUUACACUCAAACCCAUAUUACAAGUGGCAGGCUGUUUAAAUUACCGUGAAUUCGUUUGCGCAAACUCACGGUAAUUUACGCUCCCUAUAUUUUCUAUGGGCGGCGUUGAGCAGCAAUGCCCGCUCGUAUUACAAGUUGAAAGUAAAUGCAAUCGCUCAAACGCAAUCACAUUUAAUGUUCAAACUUCUUACACGACCUGAAAGGAUGUGUAAAGAGUUUGGCUGGAGGAAACAGUUGCACUAAAUGACUAUAUUAACCCCUAAACCGCCACACCCCCACAUCCAAAACUACCCCUCUACUCUAUUAACCCCUAAACCACCACACACCCACAUCUAAACUGCCGCUCUACAUUAUUAACACCUAAACCACCACAACCUCCACUGCAAACUACCCCUCUACACUAUUAACCCCUAAACUGUUACACCCCCACAUCGCAAACUACAAUACUACUCUAUUAACCCCUAAACUGCCAUAACUCCCACCGCAAAAUACCUAAUAACAUCUAAACCCCCUAACCAUUUAAGCCCCCUAACAUUACACCCCCUAAGUUACCCAUCCAAAAAACUAACCUUACCUUAAAAAAUAAAAAACCCAACCUAAAAAAAACCUAACCUUACCUGAAAAAUAAAAUUACCUAACAUUACAGAAAAAAAACAAAAGCCGACCAUUACAGAAAAUAAAAAAAACUACCAUUACAAAUUUUUUUUUGCCAAAAAUAAAAAAACAGUUAAGCCUAUUCUAAAACCCCACCCUAAAAUAAAAAACAUAUAACCUGUAACUUCAAUGACCAUUGUAGAUAUGAAGGAGCACCUUACAAUGAUACAAAACAUAAACAAGAUAGAUUGUGUUAAAAACAACAAACAACUUGCUUGUUUUCUUACAAAAUUAGCACUUAUCUCACUAAAGGCGGUGGGCGCACUGAGAAUUUGUAAGGGAGCUACCAUUAUAAAACUAAGGUUCUACUGUCACAAUUUCAAAUAAUCUGAAAUAAUAAUUUCCAAGUCCUUUCCUCUUUUGUACCAGUCAGUAAAGUGUAAUUUAGUCUGUAAUUAAAGUUUGGAUUUUUCUUUCUUAAAUGCACAAUUUUACACUUUAAAAUAGUAAACUUUAGCUCCCAGUCAUUGGUCCAAUUAUCUAGUUUAUUUUCACGUCAUUUGGUCUAAUCACAUCUAAAUGUUAUUUGUGAGAUGCUACUUCAUUGUCUUUGUGUAUAUAAACACACACACAAAUGUAUUUUAACUUUUUUUUGUACCAUGUACGUCUACAGGCAUACAUUCUUGUGCUAAGUUCUCCCAACUGCAACACUAUUCUUAGGUUAAAAAACAAAAUUAGACAAGCAUGCAUACCCCAAAAUGUGACACAUUGGUAUCAGAUAUAUUUAUUUUAUAAGAUGGUGAGAGUCCAUGAGAUCAUCACUUGGGAUUAUACUCUAGCUUACUAGGUGGAGGAAAAAUCAACCUUACAUACUAGAGUUUUAAUCCCUUCCCGUCUCUCUCUAAAUUCCUCAGUCAAAUUUUUGCCUCCAAGAUUUAGUGAGGUGAGUUCAAAUGUCCGUCGUCCACCUUGGCAGCCUCCUUUCAGAAAAGAUUUUCUUUUUCAAGGUCCAUUAUUUCAUCUAGUACUCUUUAAACUGGCUUUGACAGCUUUGUGAUUGAACACCUACAUUUAUCUAACAGAAGUAAAGAUCAUUGAUACCUUAAUUUAGGCCAGAAAGCCUGUUACCAGGUAUAUCUACCACAAGAUAUGGAAAACCUUUCUGGCUUGGUUUACCAAAAAAGUAUCCCUUUAAAUUCCUCAAGUUCUUCCGUUUCUACAGAGCAGGUGGGAGAAGGGCUUAUCAGCCAGCUCUUAAAGUGUCAGAUUUCUUAUCUGUUCUGUAUUAGAAGAAAAUCUAAAAAAAUUCUUGAUGUUUAGAUUUUUGUUCAGGCCUUGAUUAGAAUUAAUUUAAAAUCUGAUUUUGAAGGUACUUCAAGCUUCUCCAUUUGAAAAUAUACAUGGCUUGGACCAUCAGCUUUUGUCCUGGAAGGUUAUUUUCCCAUUUCUUGAUUUUAUAUUAGGCUGUGCUACGGACAAGUUUUUCCUGUCUUCCAAAAGGGGUAUCUGCAGAUACUAUAUGAUCAGGAAAUUGCGGUUCCCUCCGUACACCCAGCUCCUAAGAGUUCUGGGGCUCGAUCUGAUAAAAAUCGUCACCUGCAAAAGCUGGCGACGCCAAUAUUUGCGCUGGUUUGGUAUCACAUAUACGGCUUAACCUAGAAGUUACGCGCGUAUAUUUCUGCCGUCGCCCGUAGUUUUUUGGGCCAUAGGCAGGUAUACCAAACCAGCGCAGUUUGGUAUCCAAUAUACAGCGUAAGGACUUACGUGGUGAAAAUGGAGAAAUCUUACUCCAUUUUCACCUCGCCACAAAAAGCAGCCGUAAGAAGCCUUACGCUAACUAUUGGAGCCCUGUAACUCUCUAAACUAGCUGCUAAAUAAACCCUAACGCAUGCGCAAUGUCUAUCUACCUAUCAACCGCAAUCUGCUAAAUAAAACCUAACACCUAACGCAUGCGCAAUGUCUAUCUACCUGUCAACCGCGAUCACCCGCCGCAAUCCCUAAUAAAGUAAGUAACCCCUAAACCGCCACCAUCUACAUAAACUAACCCCCUACUGUGAGCCCCUAAAACCGCCACCAUCUAACUGAUCUAUCCCCUAAUGUGAACCCCUAAAACCGCCGCCAUCUACCUGAUCUAUCCCCUAAUGUGAACCCCUUACACCGCCGCCAUCUACCUUAUCUGUCCCCUAAUCUGACCCCUUACACCGCCGCCACCUAUAUAAAAAUUAUUAACCCCUAAUCUAAUCCCCCUAUACCGCCGCAAGCUAUAUUAAUAUUAUUAACCCCUAAUCUAAUCCCCCUAAAAUAAUUAUCUCUAUUACCAGCCCUUAAAAGGGCCUUUGGCGGGGCUUUGCCCCAAAGUAAACAGCUCUUUUGCCCUAUAACCUGCCCUCCCUACACCAAUAGUAUUAACCCCUAAUGUAAGCCCCUUACACCGCCGCCAUCUAUAUUAAAAUUAUUAACCCCUAAU